UACCAAGCAACAAUCAUUCAUUCACUGCCUUUUUGCGAAUCCACUGGCUCCAAAACAAAGCGAGAAAAUACCCUCAUUCAUUCCUUCAUCCCAUAUCGUCGCUCUUUCACAUCCCCCCGCUCGUGCUUAUAUCUAUCUCCUGCAAAGUCCUCAAAAAGACGACCUCGAUCAAACGACCUCAUCACCCACCGCCCCAACAAACCGCCCAGCGACCACUACUUGGCCAUCUCAUCUCGCCUCUCCCUUUCCUCAUACCCGCCCACAGUUGCAACAACAACGAGACGGACGGCUCACUCCCAUGCGUCCUCGCCAGUAGACGCGGCUUUCCCGAUCCCUCCCCAGCACGACGACGCUUCCCCCGGACAUACCCAUUUUCCUGUCACGACGCUCGUUCAGCGAAUCUAUACAACUCUCUUGAUCCCACCGAGGAUCACUAUUCUCGCACAAGUCGGACCCGCAGGCGGAUGACCUCUGUGCUGUGACCGACUCGUCGCUUGUUGUAGAUAGACCAGAUUGUUGACUUGAAGUCGGCACCACCACUUCGUCCAACGACGAAAACCCCCCCGGCGGGAAUCAAGAUACCCGCUGCACAUUCAUUCAUUCGAGUCAAUCGCUCCUUUUGAUUUUCAAUACCCCAUUUUUACUUUCUGGCUGGUCCAGAUAUUUCAAUCUUUGAACAUAAUUCAAGAUGUUGUGCGCACGCAAAAAGGCGAAGGAUAUUAAGCUGGAGGAGAAGUGGGAUUUCAUCAGUCUCCAGGAUUUCAAGUCAUCGUCAUUUUUCGAAUACCUAGCAUAUGGAUAUCUGUGGUUAUCACUGGUCAUCUCCGUUGCCGUCUACGGCGUCGAUACCUUCACUGCCUACAACCUCAUCGCCUUAAACAAGUUCACCAGCAUCGAACCGGUCAUCAAGCUAGACAUCUCGAAAUGGAUCUUUGCCGGAUGCAUCAUUGCGUCGUGGGUCAAUGUCAUCUACGAGCACAUCCGAGCCCAUCUGAUCAUCAGGCGCGGCGCCGUGGCUGAGAGUUACCUCGAUUCCCUGGCUGUCCGACUGCAGGCUAUUCGCGUCUUUGGCCAAGGUCGUGGCUGGAAGCGCUUCUUGGUCUUCUCGGAGCUGACGAAGAGUAAGAAGGGUGCCGAGUACGUGGCGCUGUUCACCUACUUCUCCUUCCAGUCGUGGAUCCGCGUCAUCUUCUGCUCAGGACCUAGGCAGGUCAUCAAUGCCCUGACGCUGAGAUCUGUGUACAUUGCUGAGCUCGACCCCAAGAACAAGGACGCUGCGACCUCGAUUCUGCAGUUCUUCAAGAACUUUGGUAUCCUGGCCGACCAGGACAAGAAACAGGCUGUCGUCCUGUCUGGUAUGGUCUUCACCCUCGUCAUCUGGGUCUUUGCCGCCCUAAGCCUACUGCUCGCCAUGCUCUUCUACCUCCUCUUCCUCUGGCACUACAUCCCCAACGGCGACGGCGGCUUAUCCGGCUACUGCGAGCGUAAGAUUAACGGUCGACUCCAAAAGAUCGUCAGCGUCAAGAUCAACAAGGCCAUCGAAGACGAGGAACGCAAGCGCAUCAAGGGCAACCAAAAAGCCUUCAAGAACGGCGAAAAGCCCACCCUCGGCCGCCAAGCCACCCUACCCACCCUCUUCGACACCAAAGACGACAAGCUGCCCACCAUGCCCAUGCUCAACCGCAACGACACCACAACAACCCUCCCCAUGUACACCUCCCGCCCCGGCACGCCCUCCUCCCUGCAGCCCAAGCUCCCAGACUUCGAGCUCAGCAACAUGGACCAAAAGCGGCCCGUCCCAUCGCGCCUCAACACCGCUACAUCAGCAAGCAGCUACGGCGCGUCGUCUAGCCUCGUCGCUAAUGCGGCUGGUAUGGGGUAUAGCCGCUCUGGGUCGCCCGCGCCGCCGAUGCCGGGUCAGGAGGGGAGCAAUGGGGUGCCGUUCCCGGCACCGCAGCGGACGAUGACGGGAGGGACGAAUGCGAGUCAGGGGAGCAGUUGGGCGCAGCAGCAGAGGGUGCCGCAGCAGUUGAGGAGUGGACCGGCGCCGCUGAAGAGGCAGGGGACGCAGGAUUCGUAUGGGAGUGGAAUGGGUAAUGGGAAUGGAGGAGGAUUUGGACCACCUGCACGACAGAUGACGGAGGACUCGUAUAACUCGUAUAACCCCCCCAGCCGCAACAUGACGCCCUUUGACCGCGUUGCGUCUCCUAUGGAUAGGUCUAUGGGCAACAAUACACCCUUCGACCGCGUCGGAUCCCCAAUGGAUAGGUCAAUGGGUGGUAACACACCACUCGCCCGCAUCGCCUCCCCCAUGGACCGCUCAAUGGGCAACAACACACCCAUAACCCGCACCGACUCACCACUCUCCUAUACCUCUCGCCCGGGGCAAAACUACACCCCCGCCCCAUCGGCACUGUCGCAGGACCCGUACGCUCCUCAGCGCAACAACCAGCAGAGUCAGAAUCACGACUCGUAUGACCCGUACUCCACCGCCUCACCAACGAGAGCUACGCAUGGGAGUGGCAUUGCGAUGGACGAUGAACCGACGUUGCCGAGUUUCGAUGCACCUACCAUCGUCGCACCACCACGAAGUGAUACGCCGUCGAGUCACUACGUGCCGUCCAUCGCAAGCAUCCGCGGCGCUGGCGACGGGUACGCCCGUCCUGGACCCUCACUAGCGGGACAGAACGGACAAACCCGCUACGGACGCUCGACACCCAGCCAAGGGUCGAUUGAGAGCUCGGUGGGGAGACGCACACCGGCGUUUGAUACCUCGGAUCGCAGUAAUGGGAAUAUGUAUGCCUCACAGCAGCAGCAGGGGAGGAUGGGGAUGGGGGUCGCGCCGCCGACGGGGUCGUAUGCGCAGCCGGUGCGUAGUGCGUCCGCGGGGGUGGGACAGCAGCAGCAGUAUGCGAGACCGCCGCCGGAGAGGAAUAUGACGGAGCCUGGUGGGGGUUAUAAUGCUUAUGGUGGCGGAGGUGGUGGUGGUGGGGGAGGGGGGUAUAGGCAGUGAGUGAAUGAGGGAGAAUAGAGAGAAGGAAAGAGGAGAAAGAAAGGGGAGAUGGAUAUCAUGAACGAACUGCACCUGGUGCACACACUACUACACUAACUUAACUCUUUGUAAAUGAAUGAGAGACGGAGAGAUUUUUUAAGGGUUUUUUUGAGAGUGCGAUUCUAGCGAUGGAUACAUGGAUGGAUAUGGACUAACUGGGGGAUUAGGACAGGAUAGGAGUAGAGAAAGUGUGUUUUUGACAAGGUGUUUUUUUUUUUUUUUUUUUUUUUG